AUGCAAUCUGCCGCGAAAGUCCUUACGAGCUCUGAGAGCUUUAACCCUAUUUGCAUCUUUUAUGGAAUCAUUUAUCCAAUCUGCAAGACUCCAAUUGAAGAAAAUCAGUUUACAAGCCUUAUUGAUUGCAUAACAGGAUACCUACCUGAUCUCGCUGCGCAAAAGAAGGAAUCCGACUUUGAGUGUCCUGUGGAGAAGCAGUCGAGUGAUGUCGGGAAAUUCGCGGGCGAGGCGUCGAAGGGACUGUUGAGUAGUCUCGUCGACGUCCGUGAGGCUCCUGAACCCCAAGUAAACUCGAUCGCUCAUUCCAAUCGGUAUUGCGGGAUGAAGCCGAUAACCUCCGACGGAUCCCCAACUCCACCGCCACCUCCACCUCCACCUCUACCUCUACCUCUACCUCUACCUCUACCUCUACCUCUACCUCUACCUCUACCUCUACCUCUACCUCUACUCUACCUCUACCUCUACCUCUACCUCUACCUCUACCUCUACCUCUACCUCUACCUCUACCUCUACCUCUACCUCUACCUCUACCUCUACCUCUACCUCUACCUCUACCUCUACCUCUACCUCUACCUCUACCUCUACCUCUACCUCUACCUCUACCUCUACCUCUACCUCUACCUCUACCUCUACCUCUACCUCUACCUCUACCUCUACCUCUACCUCUACCUCUACCUCUACCUCUACCUCUACCUCUACCUCUACCUCUACCUCUACCUCUACCUCUACCUCUACCUCUACCUCUACCUCUACCUCUACCUCUACCUCUACCUCUACCUCUACCUCUACCUCUACCUCUACCUCUACCUCUACCUCUACCUCCGCCCCUCCUACCUGCCUCCACCUCCGCCCCUCCUACCUGCCUCCAUAUUGACACCUAUGCUAACGAGGCAUCAAACCGAGCACCGCACCGAGCACCGCACCGAGCACCGCCUCGAGCACCGCACCGAGCACCGCCUCGAGCACCGCACCGAGCACCUUUUCGAGCACCGUUUCGAGCACCUUUUCGAGCACCGUUUCGAGCACCGUUUCGAGCACGUUUUCGAGCACCGUUUCGAGCACCGUUUCGAGCACCGUUUCGAGCACCGUAUCGACCACUGGCGCAGGCGUAAGUAG